AUGUCCUUCGAAAGCGUCAUGCCGCCGUACAACGCCACGGACCCGUCGGCCUCCUUCCUCAACUCCUCUUGUCUAGACUUCCUCCUCAUCGAGCUCGUGCCCAUGGCCUUUCGCGUGACGAGAGACCUCGAAGCCGCGCCGACUGAUGCGAGUGGGACCAGUGGCGGUGCGGCCGCUGCAGGAGGAGGUGCUUCAGCUGACGCGCUGUCGUCGGUGAGCCACAGCCAGGGCGGGGGAACAGACGGGGGCCCCGCGCCGUCGAGCGCGGAUGGGGCUGCGGGCGGGAGCACAGUCAGGAAACUGGAUGAGGACGAGGAGCGAGAUGCGGUGUUUUAUCGGCUUGAGACGCUGGGGUAUCGUGUUGGGCAGGGGCUUGUUGAAAGAGACCGGCCGCGAUUCAACGAUACGCUCGACGUCAUCAAGUUUGUCUGCAAGGAUCUUUGGUCGCUUGUGUUUAGGAAACAGAUUGACAACCUCAAGACAAAUCACAGGUUCCUCUGGUUCCCGUGCGGAAUUGUGCGCGGAGCGCUGGCGGCGUUAGGUAUCAACGCCACCGUCCAGGCCGAGACCAACGAGCUACCGGCAGCUAUUUUCCAAAUCAAGACACUGCCGUCGAGCACAUAA